AUGCGCUACUCUCCCUUGACGAACCUCUUGGCGGGAUCCGCUGUCUGGGCCGCCUCCUGCAGCGCCGUGACGCUCUACGCCGCCGACUCGGGCGGAAAUGUGACCACCCUCUCGUUGACGGGAUCCGGCGACACCUACAGCUUAUCCGUCGCCUCCAAGACGGCCGAGUGCGAUGUCAACCCGUCCUGGCUCACCCUGGACGCCGCCAACAGGGUCCUCUACUGCCUCGACCGGGGCUCUAACUCGGUCCCCAACGGCUCCCUAAACUCCUUCUCCAUCGGGGAUGGGGGUGCCCUGACCCGCAUCGCUCGGGUCUCGGCGCCCUUCAGCGGUGUCGCUGGCGAGAUUGUGACGACCGAGUCUGGAGCUCGCGGAUACGUCUCUUGCUCGUACAACCGAAGCGCAGCCGCCGUCUUCGCCCUGGGCGACAACGGCGCCCUCCCGGGCACGGGGCCGCUUCAGGAGUUCUUCCCGACCCUCGAGGCCCCCGGCCCCGUCACCUCCCGCCAGGACACGAGCUACCUGCACCACGUCAUCGUCGACCCCAAGAACCAGUACGUCCUGCUCGCUGACCUCGGCGGCGACCGCGUCCGCGUCUACACCAAGGACCCGGACAACGUCGCCCCCAUCACCGAGGUCGACGGCCUCGUCACGGGCCCCGGCGUCGGCCCCCGCCACGGCGUCUUCAAGACCGCCGCCAACGGCGACAUCUUCUUCUUCUUCAACGGCGAGCUCGACCAGAACAUCUACUCGUACAAGGUCGAGUACACCCCCACCGGCCUCGCCUUCACAAAGGUCUUCUCCAUCCCCUCCGUCAACGCCGACUACCCUGCGACCAAGGCUCCGACAAGCGAGAUUGCCAUCACUCCCGACCAGAAGUUCAUCAUCGUCUCCAACCGCGAUGUGUCUUUCCGCGACUCGCCCGUCCUCGGCUCUGGUCCCUCCGACACCAUGUCGACCUUUGCCAUCAAGGAGGACGGCACGCUCGAGCUCGUCCAGCUCGCUCCCUCCGGCGGCUGGUCCCCUCGCCAGUUCUCCAUCAACAAGGCCGGCGACCUCCUGGCCAUCGGCCACCAGAACAACCGCACCGUUGUCAUCUGGAAGCGCGACCUCGUCUCGGGCAAGAUCAUCCCCGAGGCCGAGGGCGGCAAGGUCGGCCAGGUCACCCUCACCGGCGCUGUCGUCGCCACCAUCUUUGAUGAGUAG